AUGUACGCUCAAACCAUGCAACGACUCGAUGAUUUGAAAACCAAGCUCGGUCUGGGGGACCUCGUGACCGUUUGGGAGUGUCAGGUGGAAUCGCGGAGACGGACCAACCAAGACAUGGAGGAAUUUUUCCACGCUUUGGAAACCAACGGCUGGCCAAAUCCCGAACCACUCUUUCCCCGAGACGCUUUUUUCGGCGGAAGGACCAAUGCCAUCCAACUGAUGGCCGUGCCUAAAGAGAACGAAGAAAUCCGAUACUUGGACGUGGUAUCCUUGUAUCCAUACAUUUGCAAAUAUGGUCGGUUCCCUAUCAACGAACCCGAGAUCGUCGUUUCACCAGAUCAACAGAACUGGCAACAGUACGAGGGAUUGAUACAAUGUAAAGUCGUACCACCGAGACGACUCUACCACCCCGUUCUGCCUUUCAGAUGGAACAACAAAACCACGUUUCCACUGUGUCGUUCCUGUAUUAUGGAGAAUAUGCAGGAGUCUGAGAUUAGCGAAUACGUGCCUUGUGCCCAUUCCGACGACGAAAGAGCCUUGGUCGGCACCUACGUGUCCCUCGAACUCAAGAAAGCCGCUUCUCUGGGAUAUAAAGUCAUUCAAGUCUUCGAAGUGUGGCAUUGGGCCGAAGAAAAAUGGA